AUGUCAGAUCAACAAUAUAAUAAUAUAAUACAAUUACUAUUAAUUACAAUCAAUAAUCAUAACAAUAAUAAUAAUAAUAAUAAUAAUAAUAAUAAUAAUAAUAAUAAACCAAUAAUUAGUUUAUUAGAUGAAAUAGUUUUACGUUCGAAUUUAGAUAUCGAUAGAUUGUUAUUUAGAUUCAUUGAUCAUUUGAAAUCAUAUGAUAACGAUAAGAGAGUUAGAUUGUUAAAUUUGAAAUCAAUCAUCAUUUAUAAUAUAUUAGAUUGGUUUAAUCAUUCUAUUAUUACAAAUAAUUAUAAUAUUGAUUUUAUUAAUAAUAAUAAUAAUAUUCAAAACAGUAAUAAUAAUAAUAAUAGUAGUAGUAAUAAUAAUAACACAAUUAUAUUAUCAUUAAAUACAUUUAAAUUAUUAUUAAUAACAUUGAUAGAAUGUUUUAAAGUGAAUGAGAAUGGAAAGAGACAAUAUCAAAGUGAUAUAAUGAUACACUCAUUGAUAGAUACAAUCUUUAAGAAUGUAAUCAUUGCAUAUAAUUAUAAUAUAUUGAAAUCAAUACUUUCAGAACAACAAUUAUCAUUAUUAUCAAUUGUAACAACAACAGCAACAGCAGCAACAGCAACAUCAUUAACAUCAAUCUAUAAAGAUAUAAUUACUAAAGAUAAUGAUCAUGAUUCAACGGAAUUUAUUAAAUCUAUUUAUAAUUAUAAUGAAAAACCAUUAUUAUUUAAUAAUAGAUUAAUCAAUUUAUUAUCAACAAUAAACAAUAAUACCAAUAACGCCAAUAGUAAGAGUAUUGAUAUAGAUUCACCUCAAUUUCAAAGUGAUCUUUAUGAUAUCGAUAACGAUGAUUUUGAUGACUUGUUGUCAAUAAAUGACAAUGAUAUCAAUAAUUGGGAUAAUCUAUUCCAAACAUUAAUACCAUCUAUUAAUAUUAAUGAUAAUAAGAAGAAACAACAACAACAGAAUAUUAAUGAUAAUGAUAAUAGUGAAGAUGAUAGUAAGACAGUAUCAACAACAUCAUCAUCAUCACAGAUAGAGUUAAAGAAAUCAACUAUCAAACAAUUACAACAACAAGAACAAAAAGAUGAUUCAUCAUCACAAUUAUCACAGGAUGGAAAUGUAAAUGCCAGUUUCAUAGAUGAUGAGCCAAGAGUAGACAAAAAACAACUGUUAAACGAAGAGAUAGAAGCUCUUAUCAAUUUAAAGAAUGCCAUUUCAUCACCUCAAGUUCAAGUACAAGAGUUCAAAUCAAAUCUUCCAAUUCUUUUAAAUAUAACAGAUGUUGAAUCUGCAAUUAAAUUAUUAGAGAUUAAUAAUGAUACUAAAGAAGAUAUUAUCAUAUUCUUUUUGAAAGAAUUGAUACAGUUGGAUUUAAGUUUUUUGGUUAUGUCAUUAUAUUUUAAAUCUAUACUUUAUCAAAGAAUUCAAACAUUUACAACGAAUAUAUCAAGAGAUUUCUUUGGUUGUGUAAAGGAAUGUUUUAUAAAGCAUCACACCUCUUUCAUUCAAGCGGUAAUAGUACCGCUGAUAAAGAAUGGCAGUGGUUUCAAUCAAUCACAUUCCGAUUUGCUCAAUAAUUUGUUGUUCCUACCGAUCAUAAACACCUACUCCAAACAACUGGCACCCAGUCUAUCGCUUCUCGAGAAGAUAAUCAAUGAGUUGAAUUCACCAACAUCGAAAUCGAUAUUAUCAGCAUUCAAUAAGAUAAAGAAUGUUCAACAAUAA